AUGGAUGAACCUGAAAGUAGUAGGCCUGAAGAGGUCAAUACUGAAAUUGAUGAUCAAUUUGCUCCAGAUGGCAAGGAUGAUGUUGUUGAUGUGAAAGAAGGGUUAGCUUCCCAAACCUAUGACAGUUUACGAAUGCUUACUAAGGAAGAUGUGUUGCAAAUGAAAUUCAAUUCAGAGGAUGAUGCUUAUACUUUCUACAAUGCAUACGCUAAGGUCAUCGGUUUUAGCGUACAAAGAAGUAGAAAAAGAAUAACUGGAGACAACAAAUUUGUAGAGAGUAGGAAAUGGGUUUGUUCAAGGGAAGGUGUAAGAGAAAAAAAAUACUUGCAACGUGUGGAACGGGUAAGAACUCCUAGGGCAGAAACUAGACUUUUUUGUAAUGCCACAUUUCGUGUGCGUUAUGACAAGACAGCUAGGAAAUAUGUUGUGACCCACUUUGUAGGGGAACACAACCAUCCGUUGGCAGCACCACACUGCGUCCCUUUUCUUUGGUCGCAUAGGUUUGUAACAAGUGCAGACCAAGCUCAAGCAAAGGCCAUGCGCAAUGUGGGUAUGAAAACGAGUCAGAUCAUGGAUUUUAUGGUCCAUCAGUCAGGGGGUUAUGAGAAGGUGGGCUUCAUUCACAGAGAUUUGCACAAUCAAUUCCAAGCUGAACGCAAAGUACAACUCGCAGAAGGGGAUGCAGAGGGUGCGUUAGGAUACUUGUCAGCUAAAUUAGAUGCAGAUCCAUUAUUUUUUUUCAAAUACAACGUUGAUAAGGAAAACCGGUUGGACAAGAUUUUCUGGGCAGAUUGUAGGUCUCGAAUGGAUUAUGCUGCAUUUGGUGAUGUAUUGGUAUUUGAUACAACUUAUCGUACAAAUGCAUAUAAGAAGCCAUUUGUAAUUCUAGCUGGCGUGAGUAACCAUUUCAUGACAACUAUAUUCGGAUGUGCUUUGUUGCCUGAUGAGACAAUGGAGACAUACACGUGGGUGCUGGAAAUGUUAAUGGAGGCCAUGGAUGGUAAAAGACCCAUCUCCGUUGCAACAGAUGGUGAUAGGGCAAUGCGUCAGAAUUUACAACUGAUUUUGCACACUUGA